CGUAGAUUGAAGAUGAAAAUUGGUUAGAUCAAUGGGAAAACCAGAAUUAUGAUUAAUACAAUUCUCGAAUGGAAUCUACACAAUUGAAUGAUGUAUAUAGGUACUUUGUAAUACUCUUCUUGAAAAUAGUAUGUUUUCUUUUAUUUUAAAUUUUAUAAUAAUCAUUGUGGAAUUUGCGUCUUUUGUGGAACUUAUACAAAUUCCCCAGAAAGAUUCAGAGUCUCCAACAAAUUUUUGUCCUAUAAUUUUCUACAACAACAGUCGAUCAUGUAAUUUCAGAAACAGAUUAAUAGAUGAAAACCACUGGAGGUUUCACGUCAACGAAGCCUGUUAUAGAUAUGCAAACCCAAUUAGGUUCAAGGAAAAGGCCAAAAGCAUGGUUUCCAAUUUUUCUUGUAAAAAUUCAACAUUUCAUUUACCUGUAUUAUUGAUCGAGGAAGGUGUUCAAGUACUUGUAGACUAUACGAACUCAACGUCGCUGAAUAUUAUCAAGAGGACAUUCAAACAAGAAGAAUUUUUUCAUCUGUGGUUCGAUUGUUGUGUACAAGCAGAACGGUGUUGCCAAGAAGUUGAGCACGAAGGAGUUCCAGGUUAUUGCCCAAUAACAUGGGAUGGUUGGAGUUGUUUUCCAGCCACAAAACCAUCCACAAUUAGGAAAAUCCAAUGCUCUAAUCAAGCCUACAGCUCUAAACCUCCUGAAUGUGAAUUAGAAAGUCAAAAACAUUGCUUUCCCAACGGCACCUGGAAUGUGACAACAGACUAUGCCUCCUGCGCCAUUGCCCAGAUCUACAGAAAAAGGCUGUUCUUCAGAAGCAGAAUUCUGUACGUCUCAAUCUUCUUAUGUCUACCAGCCAUCAUCAUCCUCCUGUGCUCCAAGAAACUGGCAGGCAUCACCAGGAUGGUGUUACACAGAAACCUUCUGGUUGUCAUAGUAUUGCGCUACGUACUGACAGUUUUGGCCGAAGAACUGGUCCUUAUUCCAUCUGUGGAAGCUGACAAAGAGUCAGUUCUGAGCGAGAAUGGAAUCAGUUGCAGAGUUUUGAGCUUUCUUGAAUCUUUAACCUUGAACGCUAUGUAUUCUUGCAUGCUGGCAGAUGGAUUCUAUCUGCACAAACUGAUAGUUCGGAAUUUUUCUAAAGAGUUGGAUAUCCGCAUUGUUUACGUCGCUAUUGCAGUUUUGUCUCUUGUGCCAGCUUCUAUUUGGGGCAUAACCAAAUGGUGGAAAAAUUCUUCUUACUGUUGGAUGGUUGAUGAAGAUGGAGACCAAUGGAUUGGCGAUGGGUUCAGAUUAUCAAUACUCUUCAUAAACGUUCUUUUUUUAUUCGACAUUAUUAGAAAUAUGGUGAAAAGACUUAAACAUGGAACGUCAGCACAAAAUUCAAAAGCUACAUUGAAAGCUACUUUCUUCUUGUUGUUCCUGUUUGGUAUACCAAUUCUCUUGUUCGCUGAUACCUCAGUUAUUGCACAUGCUACCUGCUCAAAUUAUCUAGUUUUUAAAUAUGCCAGUUACAUCAACGAGGGUUUACAGGGUGUUAUGGUUGCAGUAUUAUUUUGCUAUAUGAAUAAUGAGGUACAACAAGAAAUAAACACUUUCCUACGAGCAAAAAAUAUACUGAAGGACAAUAAAGCACGUCGAAUAUAUUACACCAAAGCUCGAACAAUAACAGAUAUAAGUCAAAAAACUGAGCAUGGAGAAAUUUACUCAGAAGAUGAAAAUUUGUGAAUAAGUCAAUAAAUUUUUUUUAUAAACAA